ACCACUCAGUAAAAUUGAGGCCAUUUCAAAAUGGCGGCACGUGUGGGCUUUUUCGCGCGACAUGUGCAGAUUUUAAGUUUGUAAACACAGCAAGAAUCGAACUCAAAGUUACUAGAGAUGAUGACCAUAGAAAUAUGGCAUCUAAAGGUUUCGCAACGAAGAGCAAAAGUUUAUAUUUCAAGGUAGCCGAAGACAAAGUCAUGCUGAUGCAAAUAUACGUUUGUCCAGAUGUUCAUCAAACCAAAAGGACUUGCCUGUACACAUGGUUCACUCUUAACCACCUCGCUGCUCUGCUUUCACACCUGCGAGAUGUCAUCUUGGCAAGAAGCUUGUCUUGCGCCAGUGACAAGGAAAUCACUCAGGAUGGCUUGAUGAUUUUCACACCAGAUAAGAGUUUUAAUGUCCAUUACCAGUUUAAGAGGAGAGCCAUCAGGCAAUUUGUAGUGAUCAAGUCCCAAAGUCUUUAUUCAGCUUCAAGGAAAACUAAUUACUCAGGUGGUGGACACAAAGAUUUCACUUUUUUCCCUGAGAAGCUGGUAGUCACAGUGAGUGAGAUGGAGCAAGCACCAGUCCAUCAGGUAUGUGUCCAGCCUAUUAGUCAGUAUUUUACCAAAACCCAUCAAGAUUCAGUCACUGACUCAGCCAUCAAGAAGCAAGCCAAUCUACGAAACAUAGUCAAGAAAAUGGAACAAGAUAAAGAGAAAGAGCUGGAUCUAUCAUGCCCUACAACUUCCAAUCCCACAAAUAAGGACUCAGCGAACCCAUCUACUCUAACCUGUAUAACAACACCUCCGAACAGCUCUAAGGUGCCGAAACCCAGUCCCAAAUCAGACAAGGAACUGGGUGAUAUCACACUUUCUAGAGAUAGGGGUAUAGGAGACUCCAGGUCAUCUGUAACCGCCAGUGAUGACAAAACGAAAGACCACACCCAAAUAAGCAGGACCUUGGCAUGUGUGGCCACGUCAGUCGAGGAAAUGGUCACGUGCGGAUCGAGAUCAAUCACGUGUACACAAGAACUGAUCACGUGUACUACCAGUUUUGGCACAUGCCUAUCUAGCGCUGCUACUGCCGAAUCCUUUUCGAGUUCAGUCACGUGUUCAUACAGCCAGCAACAGUAUCCGGUAAGCUCUCGUAAGCGUCUCCGUUCUGACUCAGCGAUCGAAGAUCCUAAUACUCGAUCGGCCGCCGACAAAAUAUUGAAUGACAAUGAUGAUGAUGAGGACUUUACGCCGGGAAAGCUUACAGUUAAAAUGCGUCAGAAAAAGCGACGUAAAGAGGAAAGCUCUUAUACUGCGAAUUCCAAAGUCGCGCCUGAUAGGAACAAACGAGGAAAAUUGGUCAAAGAGCCGAGAGGCACCGCGAACGAGGCAAAGGAAACUGCCAGGCUUGUUAGAGAUGGCGCUGAAAAGGGAUCUUCUAACAGACAUGAUGCUGAUAGCGAAUGCGAAUUACAAGUUAUUUCAACCGAAGCCGAGGCACAAAACAGCACCGGCACAUCGCGAACAGACGCGAUCACCAUUAGUGACGUCCCCCCGGAUUUUCGUCAGAUCAACGACAUUGCUGAUUUGACGUCCGAGCACAUCGAGUACCUUGUUGGACAAAUGGCAAAGCAGCUGAAGCAAAUUUUCAAGGGAAAGGCAUAUUGUCGACGCCACGAAGAUUAUAAGACUGGUGGAAGAACCCGAGGAGACCUAGCAUUUCAGGUGCGUUUUGGCCCAUUCUCCGCUGACCAGCAGGAAGCAGUCAUGCAGUCGCUUAUCGGAAUUUUCUGCUCUAAAACAACAAAGUAUCUAGAUUACGUCACCAAAGUGCUGCUUCCCGAGACGUUCAUUCUCAUCUAUACCCGGGUGUGCGGAGGGUCACGUGACGAGGUUGAACAUCUGUUAAUGGAUGGACCCGCUGACCAACAGACCGCAGACGAGAGUACCGGGACAGAGUGAGCAUCAAGGAUAACAAGGAUAUUAAACAAAGACUGACGAACUUAAAAUGCCAGAAUUAUUGCAAAAACACUAUAUUAUGAGUUGUAUUAUAUUAUGAGAUUUGAAAACAUUGAUUGGUUAAUGUUGGAUUAAAUGCUUUGUAAGUUUU